GUCAGCCCCGCCUGUCCUCCGCGGGCUCCCUGCUGCUCGCGAUGGGCACAGAGGAAGUCCGCAGAGGGGACGGCAAGGGACAUGCGGUUUGGGAAGCUCAGGUCAGGACAGCUAGUUCCGGCUGGAUUGAGCCAGUUUCCAGGAUCUUUGAAAGUCUGCCUGGAGCCCGUGCUCGUCCCCGCUCGUACUGGGACCGCACUCCUCCCGGGGGAGGCAGGUUGCGGAUUUGGGGAGAGGGGCCCAGGAGGAAGACCUGGCAGGGGCGCUGGCCCACUCCCCUUCCUGCCUCGGUAGGUGCCAGCUCGCGGGAUGAGCAGGACCUCGGCUCGGAGCUGGCACAGGGGAGCAGCCUGACACGGCGGCUGUCCCCGCGGGGAGGCAGCCUGACAGCCGCCAGGGCCGCUGCCGGGGCCGGAGCAUAGCUAAUUUCUCACCUGACUGGAGGCGACCCCUUCCCUAAACACCAAAGCAGGGCAGCCAAGACGCUCAACGUUGGUUGUGUGGAGAGCGGAGGGCAAAGCGCGGAUGCCUUAGAGCCCCGAGAGCUGCCCCAGAGACUCACCUCGGAAGCCAGCAGCUCCCAGGUGACUCGUGUGCGCUGGUGGGCUCCACUGCCACGCCUGGGGAGGCCUCCCCCGUGCCAGCCGCAGCCCAGCCCCGAGCCAUGGAGGCUGCGGAGGUCCCCGUGGGUGCCCUGAUUGACUUCGGGACUGAAGCACCCACCUCCUGUUCCCUGGAGGCGCCGGCUCCAGCGCAUCAGGACCGGGAUGGGGACGGCUCCCUGGGCGACGGCGCGUCCGAGAGUGAGACCACCGAGUCGGCAGACAGCGAGAACGACGUGGGCGAGUCACCCUCACACCCGUCCUGGGACCACGACCGCCGCUCCUCCUCCAACGAGUCCUUCUCCUCCGGCCAGAGCACCGAGUCGGCGCAGGACGAGGAGAGCCUGGCGCUCAGGGAGUUCAUGCGCAGCUACGUGGAGAAGAUCUUCUCUGGAGGGGAGGACUUGGACCAGGAGGAGAAGGCCAAGUUUGGAGAGUACUGCAGCGGUGACAGUGGCCAAGGGCGGGAGUGGUUUGCUCGAUACGUGAGCGCCCAGCGCUGCAACUCCAAGUGUGUCUCGGAGCCCACCUUCUACCGCCUCGUGCAGUCUUUCGCCGUGGUGCUGUUCGAGUGCCAUCAGAUGGACGACUUCGGGCCGGCCAAGAACCUCAUGACGAUGUGCUUCACCUACUACCACCUCGGCAAAGCUCACCUGCUCCCCGCCGAGUCCAGGGAGAAGCCUGCGGGGAGCAUUGACGCGUACCUGAGGUCGGCCAACAGCUGGCUGGCCCAGAAGAAGGACAUCGCCGCGCGGCUGCUCAAGGACACCUCGGCCACCACCGAGAACGCCAGGGGCUUUUUCGGGGGCCUGGAGACCAAGCUGAGGGGACCCCUGGUCAAGAGAAAUGAGGAGGAUGAGAACAAGGCCAAGCAGAAGCUGCCCAAGACGGUGACAGUGUGCAGUCCAGACGACGAGAUGAAGGGGGAGAAGAUCUACCUGUACACGCACCUCAAGCAGCAGCCCAUCUGGCACACGCUGAGGUUCUGGAACGCAGCCUUUUUCGACGCCGUCCACUGCGAGAGGAGAAAGCGGUCCCCCACCACCAGAGGGGAUGCUGGAGAGGAGGAGGAGAAGAGGGAGAAGUGGUGCCACAUGACCCAGGAGGAGCGUGACGACAGCCUCCGCUUCAACGAGAACAUCACCUUUGGGCAGCUGGGCACCUUCACUCACAACAUGCUGGCCUUCGGGCUGAACAAGAAGCUGUGUAAUGACUUUCUCAAGAAGCAGGCUGUGAUUGGCAACCUGGACGAAGAGCAAUACAAACUGCUCAGCGACCACAUUGAGCAGAUGGCGGCCGAGUAGAGGACAGCGCCCCCUUCCCGGGCGGCGCCUGGCCGUCUCCCUCGAUGACCUGCAUGACACCAGCAGCGCCCAGAGCCACUCCUCGCCGCCCUGCCACUAGCAGUUAGAAGAACCGGCGCCCGUGCCCCCGUCCGCCUGCAUCUGCCCCCACCCACGUGCCAGGGUGUCCCUUGGAUCGUACGGUCAAGUCCGAGGUGGCCGUCUGCACCCCGCGUGCCGGGCUCGUGAGAUGAGACCGAGAGGGGGAGGCGGAGGGAGGCCAUGGCGGGGUGGGCACAGGGCAGCGUCUGCCUAGGCCUCUGAGGACCCUGGAUAAGGCAGGCGUGAGGUGCGGACGUGGGGGCAGGCCCGGGGGUCUGCGGACAGCAGGGACCACUCCCCGCCGAGCCGUGUGGGCUGGGCUCACGGCUGCCCUUCCUUUCUCCCUCCCCGAAACAGGGACUGGAGGCAACCCCUCCUUCCUUUAGGGAAUGAACGCUGUGUAGACGUCACUCUCCUGCUGUAGCAAGCCCCCCACCCCACCCCAAGGGCUGGCCGCGUCCUGCAGGCGCCGUGGGCUGCGGGUCUUGCUGGAAUCUGUGCGGGCCGUCUGCAGCCCACAGCCUCCUCUGAAGCCGAGUCGCCAGGGUCCCAGGCCGGGAGCCACGGGGCGGCCACCGGAGAGCCGUCUUUCCUGAGACAGACACCUGCUGUUCGUUCAGGGCAGGCGGCUGGGGCAGCAGCUGCCGGGGCCCGCCAGCCCGGAGGACCCGGCCGCGUGUCCACGCCCUGUGCGGCCCAGGCCUUCGUGUGUCUCUCCGACCCCGCAGGCGUGCCCCUCAUCAUCGUCGGUGCCGGAGACCACAGCCCCCCUCCUGGCGCUGGGCCAGGCACGGCAGGCCAGCUGUGGGCACCGAGGUCUCACCCUCCGCACCCAGCGUGCGGGCCCAGAGCCUGCCCAGCCCCGAGCCCCCUGCACAUGUCGCUGGCUGGCCUGGGCUCCCUCUGCCUCCUGCCAUAGCCGUCUGGGCCUGACCCUGACGCGGGGCCUGGGCUCUCCCUGUCACCCCGCCUCCCUCACUACCUCCGCCAGCGUUCCGUCGGAUUAAAUUAGUCUCAUCUGUGAGCGCAGA